UUUACAGUUGAGGAAGCUGAGGAAGAGAGAUGUUAAAUGACUUGUCCAGGGUCACGCAAAUAGCAAGUGUCUGAGGCUAGAUCUGAAAUCAUUUCUUACUCUGGGCCAGUGUCUUGUGUUGUGGUGCCUCCUAGAGGCCCUGUAGAGAAAGGGAGUGGGGAAGAGGAGGCUCUUACUCCUGAAAAGGGGGAAAGGAGCGAAUCUCUGGAAAAGUUCCUGAAGCACUUACUUGUCUUCCUGUCCCCAGGGCAUCUGAGAGGAGCAGGGCUUCCUGAAGCUGAGACCAACCACCAUGGCUGUGUCCCCCACACCCAGGGAGCUGGAAUAUGUUAAUAACUACACGAGGGAAGCAAAUGAGAGUUUAGCUCCUGGUGCUGAAAAGUUGGAAUUGCAUGAUUGGAUGGAGACCCUCUCUCUGGUCAUUGCCCUGGCUGGGCUGGUGGGGAACAGCAUCAUCCUGUGGCUCCUGGGCUUCUGCAUCCCCAGGAAUCCCUUCUCCGUCUACAUCCUCAACCUGGCUGGAGCAGAUGCCCUCUUCCUUUGUUGCUCCUUUCUGAUUUCCAUAGAUCGAUUUGUUGAUUAUUUGUAUUAUUCUUUCACAUACAGAGUAAUGAUGUACACCAAAUAUUUGUUGUACACCAAAUAUUUGUUCUACACCGCCGGCCUGAGCCUCUUGGCUGCCAUCAGCACCGAGCACUGUCUCUCCGUGCUCUUCCCCAUCUGGUACCGAUGUCACCACCCCAAGCACACGUCUGUGGCUGUGUGCGCUGUCCUCUGGGCUCUGGCUGCUCUGUUGUGGGUAGCAUGUUUUCUCCUUUGUUUUUAUAUAUAUUGUUCCAAAUUCUUUCACACCUUCCUCUUCAUCAGGAUGGUGUGGUUCACCCUCCUCACCUGUGUGCUGUGCUUGUCCAGCCUGACUCUGCUGCUGAAGGUCCAGUGCAGCUCCCAGAGCCAGCACCCUCCCAGGCUCUACCUCCUGGUGCUAUUCACAGUUCUCUCAUUCCUCCCCUGUGGCCUGCCUCUGGAGAUGAAGUAUUUCAUAGCAAAGUUUGUUAUGCCAUAUUGGCUCCCUCAGCUCCUGGCCUGUGUGAACAGCAGUGUGAAUCCUUUCAUUUACUUCUUCCUCGGCAGCCAAAGGUACAAAAGUUGGGAGUCCCUCAGGGUGGUCCUCCAGAGGGCCCUGAGGGAUGAGCAGAAGUUGGGAGGUGGAACUAGGCACAACCCCCAUAUCAACAGCCCAGAGAUAUCCUUUUCUGAGGUUAAGGAUAAGAUGCUCAGACAUGGGAGUCUUUGA